GUCGUCAAGAGAGAAGGCAGUGGGACAGAGUCUCCAAUGAUAGGUGAUAAGGUGACUGUCCACUACACAGGAUGGCUUCUUGAUGGCACAAAAUUUGACUCCAGUCUGGACAGGAGAGACAAAUUCUCAUUUGACCUGGGGAAAGGUGAGGUGAUCAAAGCAUGGGACAUUGCGGUGGCAACUAUGAAGGUUGGUGAAAUCUGUCGGAUUACAUGUAAACCAGAAUAUGCCUAUGGCUCAGCUGGGAGCCCCCCAAAGAUACCUCCAAACGCCACACUGAUUUUUGAG